AUGGAGGUCGACGGAGUGUUCCUGAGAAAUGCGAGCCCAAACGAACAGCGGACGAUCAGCAGAGAGGACCUUGGGUUCUACCAUGCAGUCAUUAUAGGCGCCAUCUACGAGCGUGGCAACGGGCCUGCUAUCAGGUCAUCCCAAUCGCUAUUCGGGCCCCUGGCACGGUGUAUCGAACAGCAUCCAUUUCUGGGCGUCACUGUGGGAGACAAGCACACCGAUAAAUCCUUCUACCAGCGAGUACACAUGGUCAACCUGAAUGACCACAUCGAAUUCAAAGAAAUGCCCGUCUCAAUGAAGCUCGAACGGUGGAACGCAAUAGAGGAAUUGCAGCGCUCCAACCUAGACCGUCCGUUCAAUCACGCCAUCCCUCCUUGGAGAAUCAUCAUGUUGCCUCUCUCCAAUUCGGAGACUUUCAUCGCGUUUGCUUGGUCACACAUGAUUGGCGAUGGACUUUCAGGAAUUUCUCUACAUCGAUCUCUACUCGAAGCGAUCAGGUCUCCAGACUUAGCCUCCGAUGCCCCGUCGACUGUCAAGCCAUCACAAGUUGCUCUUGGGCUCCCUUUUGACACGCCUCAACGCCUUCCGAUAUCUUGGUCAUUUCUCUUGGGCCCUUUGGUUGCUGUGUUCUUCCCUAAGUUCAUAUCAGACUUGUUGGGCCUCCAAGCACAGGCCUCUACUCUAGAUGAAGGCACCUGGACUGGGUCUCCAGCGGCUUUCAACGGCGACAAGUCCAGGACCAAGAUUGCUCUGAGGGUCGUUGAAUCCUACCUGGUGGACAGAGCACUCUGCCAGGCGAAAACACAUGACGCCAAAUUGAUGGGAUUACUACACCAGUUCAUUGCCCGAGGGAUGAGCAAAGCUUUCGGCGAAGUCAAUGUCACCAACUUUGUGUCCCAGACGGCCGUCAAUAUGCGCAAGUCUGUAGGAGUCCCCAGCGACGAGAUGGGAGAAUUUGUUUCGGCCACAUACUUGGUUCACCCGAAACUGACCUCGGCUGGUCCACUUUCCGAUGCGGAAUGGUUGGCAGCCAGUUCGAGCACCAAGGCUUUCGCCGAGACCGCAGCCACCUUACAAGACCAACCUAUCGGUCUUCUCAGGUAUCUGCCCAGUGUCAGGAAGUGGCUGCUGUCUAAACUCGGCCAGCGCCGCGAUUGCUCCUACGAAGUGAGCAACGUCGGCGCCUUCGAAGGUGCGACUCGCGACGGCGAGAAGAAAGCUACAAUCACGCACGUUGUCUUUUCGCAGCCGGGUCAUGUGUCGAGUGCCCCGAUAUGCUUUAACAUAUCUAGCGUGAAGCAAGGGCCUUUGGUGUACACAGUGACCUGGCCUACUGGUGCAUUGGGUGUUCCCGAGGUCGAAGAGGACGCCGUGGUAGACACAAUCUGCACGUCCAUUCAAGCCGACUUCGAAGCAAUCGGGUACAUGGAGUGCUAA